AUGUUGACACCAGUGUUCCAUAUAGAUCAAGAUCCGGAAUACAUUACCAUUCAUAUUUAUGCACCUUAUGCAAAUGUGAAAGAUACCGAAGCCGAGUAUUGCGACUUGCAAUUUUUUUUCAUUUCGAGACCAUAUUUCUUGAAGCUGUAUUUACCUGGUGAAUUAGCUGAGGAAGAUAUCUCAGGUACAUAUGACUGUGAUAAAGGAUCAUUUACAUUCAAAGCGCUGAAAAAAAAUAUUGGUGAAUUCUUUCCCAAUUUGGAUUUAGUGAACCAGCUGCUGAAACCAUCAGAUAUCCAUGCAAAACGACUAGUGGAAGAAACUGGCGAAGAUGACGAUAUUUUGGCCAAUUUUUCAAAUGAACCACAAAGUUCCCAAAUAUCAAAUAGCGACAUAGUGGAUGAUUUUAUGGACGAGGAAUGUAAACUCUACGGUUAUGGUUUUGCUUGCUGUCGUCACGGUAUUAUUGGGAAAAUUAGUGCAGAAAUCGGUAAUCUGUUGGAUAUAGAAAAUCCUGAGGAUUCACUGAUUGAUGGAAGAUUUAUGGAUUGUUUAAGGCAUGAUCAAUUGAAGUUCGAUGCCGAACAUUAUAUUGCUGAUCUGUUCGAAAAGAAUCCUUUGCUGGAUGAAUGCUUACAAUUUGAAUAUCCUGAAACUAUGUUUGAUUUGUCUUUCAAAAGUCGUGAUCAUUUGAAGAAUUUGCGCAGAAAAUCGUUUCCCAAGUAUUCUUCGGAUUUAGAAAGAACGAUUGCUUUGUCUCUGAUAGAUAUUCUCUUCGCUUAUUUAUAUGAUAUAAGGACAACAUGUGGAGAGCAUUCGUCGGAAUCUGGUUGGACGAUCGCAAAAUUGAGUCCUACUCUCAGUUAUCUGGUGAGGUGGAGGACAGCAAAGGAAUCCAUCAUAGGUGCUGUUAGAAGGUCGUUAUGUUUCCCGCUUUAUCGGCACUGGGAUUUAUCUAUGAAAGUCGUAGACGAUUUGAAAUUUCUCCUCGGCAAAGGCAAGGUGUCGUUGCUGCAGUGUCUAGUAGAUGUUAGUAUAGUCUUAUCGACGAGCGGCGAUUAUCGUUAUUUGUUGAAUGAUUUAUUUAUAACUGAUUAUUGUUUAUGGGUUCAGCAUGUCUCGGAUAACAUUCUCUCAUGGUUACAGUACGAGUUGAAUCAUUUAAUUUUAAAAAAAAGUGAUGUCCAGUUAGACCUGGAAGAAGUGGAGCUGGAAGCAAAAUUACUGACUUUGCAAAUAGGUGCUAGAAAUUCUGAACUUGAGGACUCAGAUGAUGAUCCUUCCUAG